GGUGGUGUUGGUGGGGUUGUCGGGCUAAAGCAUAAAGUCAGUUGUGCAUUUCAUUAUGCUGUGAAUGCAGCAGUGCCGCAGACGUGGAAACCAGACUAAUAAGGAUGGCACAGGUCACACUGGUUAAUCUUAUCAAGUGAAACUAAAAGUACAAGAUCUGAAGUUUUGUUGCGUUUGGUUCAAUAAUUAGGUAAAUUUUGCGGUUUAUUUGUUGAGUAAGCGCGAUUCGUUAAACAUCGCAUUGGGGCGGUGAUGUAUUCGUUUCUGCUGUAUACACGGGUUCGAUUGGCUUCGGCUUCGGUGUUUAUCCGGUAACGGCGGACAGUGGUUUGUAGUGGUGAUGUGCUGCGUUGAUUGCAAGCUGGUUUAUCUGUACUUGCAAGCUAGGAACGCAAAACACAGUUUUACCUUGCUCUCUAGUGGAUGCUGCCUCUUAGUCACAUUAUUUAUGGAUAUGUAAUCAUCACGAAGCGGUCUCGGAUAAAUGACAUAACACAAAAUGUUCGCUGAGAUGGAAAUAAUCCAGCUGCCUAAACGACCGUGAAUACCAAGAAUGUCAUGUGAAUCGUACUUUAUCCUUGGAAUCAUUAAAUGUGGAUUUCAUGGUUGUUAAUAGUGUCGGGGGAGAGAUCAACAAUCAACUGUAAGAACGAGCCAUAGAAGCGUAAAUUGAUAUUCCGUUGUCGCCACCGGGAAAGAGCUACAUCAUUAAGCCGUAAGCCGAAGUGUCGCGACGCGAGGGGGCGUUUGUGUUCGCGUGAAUGAUAGCUAUUUGCUGUAUCGCUUUUUAUCGAAUAUUCAAUUCGGAUGACAUCAUUACAGCAACCGUAGUUUACACACGACCAGAAGAGAGAAGUAAUAAGCAUCCGGGGCGAGAACCGAUAGAUUUUCGAAUUGGCUUCCCCCGCAAGAAACUAGAAACUAAGUUGAAUGAGAAAUAUGAGCGCCGCCGUCAGCGCCGAGCAGCAGAUAGCGGCAACCAGAGACGUCGGCGCGGAGAGCAACGGUCGUGAGCCUCCGCGCAACAAUGGCACCCACACGUACGGGACCAUUUCGGAGUCGACCGUCUCGACGUCCAACUCAUCGGCCACCAUCCAGUCCAGUAACAGCUCCAUCUUCAAGAGCUCCAUGACCACCGGAAGCAGCACGAGUCGAUCCUCAUCAUAUCAUCUGCAGCAUCUCAAGAGCGCUUACGGCGCAUCCGAAGAGAUGCUUGCGACAGAGAAGGCCAGUCUGGUGGAACGAGUGAACGACUUGGAACGGGUGGUGCUAGAACAGAAAGAUGAGAUUGUGUGUCUCAAAUCCACACUGGCCGAUGUUCUCCGGCGGAUGAGUGCGAUUGAUAACACAUUUGACAACAGCAAAAUGACAGAGGGAAGCUCGCACAGUGGUUCGACACUGUCCAGCAAGAGCUUUCGAUUCUCCCGCAAUACCAUUACUCGGUUAAAUUCCACUGCGGACGAGAAACGCUUCGGUCGGGUCCCGGCCCGGGUUACCAGUUCUCCCUCGCGCAACAUAGGAACCGCAAAGGCUAGCAGUUUAGCCCAGAAGGCGAUUCAUCAUUCCAACGGAUCUCUGCAUUCCGACUCCAUGAGCAGCCACUCGAUAUCGCCUGCACCGUCACCUUCGCCUAAGCAACCAAACAUGCAAAAUCUAAGCGCCUCAGCUAUCGGAAUCGGCGGAGGAAUGAACGGCAGCGGGAGCGGCAUGGGCAAAAGAUGGAGCUCCACGGGAGAUUUCGUUAGCGGAUCGCCGGGCCCAUCGGUCAGUAGUACAAGCAUUUCCCGUUUCUCCGCCAAGUCCCUGCUGAACCUGAACAGCAACAUGAGCGGCAGCGGCUCGAGACAGGGUCACUCACACGCAUUCGUCCAGCGUAAGGAUGAAGACGACUAUCUGAAGCUUUACAUCAGCGGCCGUCCAAUAGUGUUACACAUUCCAGAAGCUCAAAUUAGUACGUACGACACCACGAAGGUUCAACCGGCACCGAACAGACGUCUGCGUCUGGACUGGGUUUACGGUUAUCGCGGGAAAGAUUGCCGUUCGAACCUGCAUCAGCUGCCAACGGGAGAGAUGGUGUAUUUUGUGGCCGCCGUGGUGAUUCUGUACAACAUGGACGAACAAUCGCAACGACAUUACACUGAUCACACGGAUGAUGUGAAAAGUUUGGCGGUUCAUCCAAACAAAUUACUUGUAGCGACAGGUCAGUGCGGGGGGCAUGACGGCAGGGAUACAUUGCCACAUAUAAGGGUGUGGAAUUCGGUUUCAUUGGUGACGAUGAAUGUGGUCGGCCUUGGUGAGUUUACCGGAGCGAUCAAUUGUUUAUCCUUCAGUCGGGCCGACAGUGGAACCAUCCUGGCAGCGAUCGACGAUUCGCCGGAUAAAAUUAUCUCGAUUUGGGACUGGCAGAAGAAAGAGAACGGCAGAAGGAUCACGGAAACCAAAUGUUCGGUGGAUACGAUUGUGGCCGUUGAGUUUCACCCACUAGACAAGGGUCAGAUCAUCACCAUCGGUAAGAAUCACAUCGCUUUCUGGUCGUUGGAUCAGAAUGGAAUGCUGUACAAGCGGAUGGGAGUGUUUGAGAACCGAGAGAAGCCUAAGUACGUGACAGCGAUAUCGUUCACCCCAUCCGGAGAUGUUGUGACCGGGGAUUCGAACGGUAGUGUUUCUAUUUGGCCCAGAGGAACCAACGUGAUCAGUCGAUUCUUGAAAAAACUUCACGAUGGAUCAAUUUUCUCGAUUUGUAGUCUCCGAAACGGAGGAUUCGUUACCGGUGGCAAGGACGGGCGAUUAGUGCUGUUGGACGAUUCCAUGAGAAUGAAGGCAGAGCAACUAGUUGAGUCACAUUUCGGUGCUGUCCGUGUGGUCGCACAAGGCAAGGGAACACAGCUGCUCAUUGGCACAACCAAGAAUUGUAUUCUCUCGGGCGAUUUCACGCUAGGCCUCGCACCGAUUGUGAUGGGUCAUACGGAUUUGCUGUGGUCACUUUCGACGCACCCGCAGGUGGCACAAUUUGUGACGGGAGGACGAGAUCGAUUACUACAACUGUGGGAUUCACUUUCACACUCCGUGGUGUGGAGUAAAGAUAUAGGAGAGCCCAUUCAGUCAGUGCAGUUCUCGAACAGCGGUAAUACGAUCAUCGUUGGAGGUACCGCCGGUCGAUGGAUGGUGUUCGAUACGACCACACGGGAAUUGUUGGCAGUUUACCAGGAUGGGCAGGAUGUAAUCCAGACGAUCAAGUUUUCACCGGACGGAAAUCUGCUCGCUCUCGGAUCAAAAGAUGGCAGCGUUUAUAUCUAUCAGUGCGCCAAGGCGAUCCAUCGAUUCUCUAGAAUCGGAAAGUGCACUGGUCACUCGAGCUUCAUAUCGCAUAUGGAUUGGUCCAAGAACAGCCAAGUGUUGCGAACAAACUCCGGAGAUUAUGAACUCCUAUUUUGGAAUCCUACUCUCUGUCGUCAAAUCACAUCUCACGCCACGGUGAGAAACCUCGAAUGGGCGACCCAAUCCUGCUCAAUAUGCUUCGAAACGGUUGGCAUCUGGCCGGAGAACUUUGACGGAACGGACAUCAACAGCGUGUGCAAGGAUGGCGAGGAGCAAUUCCUGGUCACAGCCGAUGACACGGGAAAGGUUCGUCUCUUCAGCUAUCCGGCAUCGCAACCAAAGUCACUAUCACAUUCCUACCGAGGUCACAGCAGUCACGUAACGACGGUAAAGUUUAUGUUCGAUGGCGUGCGGCUUUUGUCGGGCGGUGGCCUAGACACGAGCGUACUUCAGUGGCGCGUUGUAUAAGCGGGCGAGCAGCAUAGGCGCGUAGGCAACGGCAACACAAAUGCAGUACUAAUUGUUACAUUAGUAUUUAAAUUAAAACAAUUUAUUUAUUGUUUGUUCACUCUUCCAAUUCAAUUCGAAUGAACGAAACAACUGCAAGUUUACUUGAAUCGUUUACUAAGUGAUACACAGUCGUUUAAUGUAACUCUAGCGAUACACCAUUUCGCAAACAACUGAAAUAAAUUAUUAAACAUUUUUUAUCA